CGAAAACUCGAGACAUUACAAUGGAAGGUCGUCAUCGAAACGAGUCAUGGCAGCAGAAUCCAACAACUCAUUGGAGAGUCAAGUAGCUGGCUUGACUUCUUUGGUUAAAGAUUUCCUUUUAAAUCCAAAAACCCAAGAAGUCAAGGUCUGCGGCAUCUGUUCAACGCAAGGGCAUCCCACAGAUUCUUGCCUAACGCUACAAUAAGAGAACUCCGAGCAAGUUAAUGCUUUGGGGUUCCAAGGUCAAAGGAGGUACGAUCCUCAAGGCAAUACUUACAACCCGGGAUGGAGGGAUCAUCCGAAUUUAAGGUACGGAAAUUCUCAAACAAAUCCUCCUCCUCAACAAUAUAAACCACAAGGCCAAACAUCGAACUCGAGUAUGUCCACCGAAGACAUGAUUCGAGUGCUGGCCGUUAAUAUGGGAACAAUGCAGCAAAGCAUGGGGCAAUUCCAACAAACCAUGAUGCAAUUCCAACAUGAAACCAAAUCGAGCAUUCAAAAUUUGGAAACUCAAGUUAGCCAAAUUUCAAAUGCCGUAAGUCGACUUGAAGCAAAAGAUUCGGGUAGGCUCCCCUCCCAAACUGAGCAAAACCCAAGACAACAUGUCAAUGCAAUCAUGUUGAGGAACGGUAAAGAAUUGCAACCACGGGAAGUUGAGGAGGAGAAGCAAGAGGUUGAUCUUGAAGAAGGCUUUCAACAAGAAGAGGAGAAGCCAACGAAGACUAAAUUCCCUCCACUGUCAUCAUAUGAACCACUCCCUCCAUUCCCUGAGGCAUUGAAAGACACGAGGAAGCUGAAGAAUGAUCGGGACAUCUACGAAACAUUCGUCAAUUCUGAGGUAAACAUCCCACUCUUCAAACUGAUCAAAAGUGUUCCCCGUUAUGCAAAGUUCUUAAAGGAACUAUGCACAAUGAAAAAGAAAAAUAAAAUGGAAGGGAAACAAAAAGUUGAAGUGAGUGAACGUGUCUCGGCCAUUUUUAAAAAGAAACUCCCUGAGAAAUGUAGCGAUCCAGGCAUGUUCACUAUUCCUUGCAAAAUAGGGAAUACCUUAUUUUCUAAGGCCUUGUUGGAUUUAGGAGCGUCAAUAAAUGUCAUUCCUUAUUCCUUAUAUAAAUCCUUACAACUCGGCCCACUACAUCAAACUGGUGUAGUGAUUCAACUAGCGGAUCAGUCUAAUACUUACCCGAAGGGUGUAGUAGAAGAUGUGCUAGUAGAAGUAGAAAAUUUGAUUUUCCCUGUUGAUUUUUAUGUUCUGGAAAUGGGAGAUGAUAACCAAACUACACCCAUCCUCUUGGGUAGGCCUUUUCUAAAAACCGCAAAAACAAAAAUAGACGUGUCUAAUGGUUCAUUAACUUUAGAGUUUGAUGAUCAAAAGGUAGAAUUCAACAUUUUUGAUUCUACGAAAAAACAAAUUAAAGAUCAAUCUCUUUGUUCUUUAAAUGUUUUUGAACCACCACCGACACUAAAUAUUUUUGUUGGAGAGGAAACUGAAAAAAUUUUAAUUUUUAAUGAAAUAAAAAUUAAGCCAAAAAAAUCUAUUUUGAAAGGAGAAGAACUUAAAAAGUCACCUCGGUGCGAAUUAAAACCACAUACGAUUGAGGUGAUAAUGAGAAAGAAAUCUCAACCUUACUGGAAAAGGCGGAGGAAGAAAAAUGAAACAAGGGAUGCUCACGAUCCCACUUAAAAUAGAAAAUAAAAUAAAAAUAACGUCGUGCCGCGACAUUAAAUCAAGCGCUUCUUGGGAGGCAACCCAAGUUUUUAUUUUUAAUUUCAUAUUUUUUCAGUUCGUGUGUUAUAAUUUUUUCAAAAAAAAAAAAAUGAGCCUGGGCUGAAACCCGGUCGGGUAUCUCAAACAGCCUGGUCGGGUUUAUUAAUAAAAAAGGAUACCCGGGCAACACGACCACCGGGUUGCUAACGAAAACAAAAAAAAACAUAUGCCCGACCGGGGGCUUCCAAAACCCGACCGGGUUUGCACAUAUUUUUGGCUCUGAACACUGGAAUGCAUACCCAUUCGGGUAUUUCUGAAACUCGGGCGGGUACGAAUUUAAUUUUUAAAAAAUCAGCAAGACCCGACCGGGUACCCUAAAGCACCCAACCGGGUAGUCGUUCCAGUAGCUACUGGAUAAGAAACACCGCACAGCCCGACCAGGCGGAAGACUUCACCCGACCGGGUAAACGGGAAAUUCGCACUUAACCAGGUCGGGCUCACCCCCUUCCCCUCCCACUUCUUCUUCCUCCCCACGAAAAAAUCCUCAAAACCCUCCAUUUUUACACACCAAAACCUUCGAUUCUACACCAUUUCUCCACCAAAUCCACUAAAUAACACCAUAAUCUUCAUCUCCUCAACCUUCUCAACACACCCAUACCCAUAAAAUCCCAAAUUCUUCUCCUAAUAAUCAUCCUCUCCACUCUCACAACCCCAAAAUACCCAAGACCCACCAAAAUUCCAAAGUUCCAAACCCCACCCUACCCAAGUCCGAAAAUCACAAAAAAAAAAUCCAAAAUAAAAAGUGGACUUCAAUGGCUCCAAGAAAGUCAAAAGCCUCUUUCUCAAGGGGAAAUCGAGCUAUCCCACCGGUAGCGGGCUAUGAGAGCGUGGAGUUUGCUACGGAGGCUCAACGGAACAACUUCAUCAACCAAGCAAAGAGGGAGGUAAAACAAUCCCGUUUUAUGUGCUUAACUACUUUAGCACUACUAUGGAUUGAUACUGUGAUGCGUGACAUAUUUGCAAGAAUUGGAAUAUCUAGAAUGUUUGAAAUGCAAUAUGUGACAUAUCCUCAUUUGGUGUAUGAAUUUUUUAGCUCAUUUGCGUAUACAAAAGAUGUGAAUGAUCAUGCAAAUGACAUAAUCACCUUUCGUUUACUAAAUGAGGAUCGUUCAUUAACCAAAAGAGAAUUUGUUCACCAUUUUGGUCUCCCAUGGUUUGAUGAAGCACGUACAUAUGAUUCUCUUGUGGGGUAUGAAUUGUGGAGAAGAAUGACCGGAAAGAAUGUGGUUGAUCUAUCUAAACUGAGUGUGAAUCGUGUGCAACAUCCGGUCUUCCGACUAUUCUUAAAAUUUUGCUCAAAUUGUUUCCUCGGAAGACCGAAUAAUCAUCACACACGUAUCUGGGAUGUGUGUGUUCUAGCACAAGAUGUUUUGCCGGGCCCAGAUCAAGUUGAUGUUGCCACCAUCUUAUGGACUCAUUUCAACAACGUGGCAACAUCAACAGGACCAAUUGCUAUGGGGGGCCUAAUCACACAUCUAGCCACUUUAUAUGGUUUUAUAGACCCCGGCCCCAUCACCUCAAGACACUUAUUUGCACUGAAUGGCUUUUACAAAAGACGCUAGACUUGGUCCCCUCGCACACAACACCAACUGGGGCACACAUCUAUAAUUGGCGCAUUCUCCCACGCACUUCCAUCUACCUCCAGAUACCCUCGGCCGACGUCCCCCUGGAUAUCAUCAAUCACCAAAUCGGGGAUGGUCAUCACUAUUGUCUUCCCGGGGCAAUCCCGGAUCAUUAUGAAGAACCCAUCCAAGAUGAAGAUGAUGAAGAACCCCCAAUCAUACCCGAACAACCACAACCUCAAGCAUUCCACUACACACCUUUCGAGCAACAAAUGCUCGAUAACAUGGUCACGCUCAACCAGAGCAUUGUGAGGAUGGAGGAGCAGCGGCAAGCAGACUGGCGUAGGUAUGAGGAGGACAUGCGGAGAUCUGAGGAGGAUCAGCGUAGGACCUAUGGCACUUUAUAUUCCUAUGUGGCACAUCAGAGUGGAUUUGCAUCUAUGGCAAAUCCCCCUCCCGCACCCUCUUGGUACGAUCCGACUACAUGGGGGUAUUUUGGAGACUCGAGUUCCGGUGGUGGAGGCAAUGAUGGUGGUUAUGGCGGGGACCACAUGGAUGAAGACAGACACCACGGUGGAGGUAUGGGCGAGCACUAGGGACGGUGCCAGGUACUAAGUGUGGGGGUGUUAAGAUUAUUCUGGAUCCUGAGGGUGAUUACUAUAGAGAGUUCGUCGGAUGAGGAAAUUGAAAUUGAAGACCCAUCUUUAGUCUUUUUUGUUUUGGAGAUACUUUAUGUAUUUGUUAUAAACACUUGUGGAUGUUGGUGCUGCUACUCUUGUCAAUUAAGGACUUCUUGGACAGAAUUUGUUUUACUCGAGACGAGUAAAAAUUCAAGUGUGGGGGUGUUUGAUAUGCACUAGUUUAUAGUGCAUAAAUGUAUGUUUUUAUGUUGAUUGGGUGUGGACUUUCCAUCGCUUUUAGGUAGUUUGUAAGUACUUGUUUUAUUUUGUUUGUAAUUGCUUUCUCCUUCUUUUCGUAGUUAUAGAAUAGUGAUAGAGUUUGUAGCAAGGAAAAUGGGAGAAAAGCUGAAGACAAAAAUACCCAGAAGCACAAAAACCCGACCGGGUCAAACCUUGAACCCGGUCGGGUCAGUUGAAGACCGGAUCUAAGAAGAAAAAGUAAGACCCGGUCGGGUCCCCUACUCGACCCGGUCGGGUCAGAUAUGACCCGGAACACCAGAACAUGCUGAAGAUCACAAAGAUUUGGAAAAAUCUGAUUUAGACCAAACCCGGUCGGGUCCCUUACUUGACCCGGUCGGGUCUGACUUGACCCGGGACAAUUUAACGUGCUGGAACACAAAAACAUGGAAGAUUAUCUGAUUUUGACCGGUACCCGGUCGGGUAUGUACCUAUACCCGGUCGGGUACCCAGCCAAAGGUGUUGAAAAACACCUAUAAAUAGCACUCCUUUUCUCCUCUAAAAAUCAUACCUUCUUCCAUUCUCUUUAGCUCAGUUUAGAAUAGCAUUUCUUUAUAUUUUUCUAGCUAUGUUUAGCCUCCAAAUGAGGAGCUAAACUUCCAUUCUUGGUUUUGCUCUUGAAGCUUGUUGAUUAUUAAAGUUGUGAGUUAUUUUCUUAACUUCUUCUCUUGAUUAUUA